AUGGACCGUUUUUCGUGGUCAAAUGGACUCUUGGAAAUAAACGAAACUUUGGUGAUCCAACAACGAGGUGUCAGACUGUAUGAUGGUGAUGACAAGGCUAAACUGGAUGUCGGAGUUGUUUUACUGAGCACCCAUCGGCUAAUUUGGAGGGACAUAAAAAAUCAUGAGUGCUGCAUUUCCAUGCCCCUGUCACAGAUCAUCUUCUUCGAAGAGCAGGCUGCGGGCAUAGGGAAGAGUGCAAAAAUAGUUAUCCACCUGCACCCACCACUUGUCAACAAGGAGCCAGGUCCCUACCAACACAGCAAGUACUCCUACAUCAAGCUAUCCUUCAAAGAGCAUGGGCAGAUUGAGUUUUACAGAAGACUAACAGAAGAAAUGACCCAGAAGAGAUGGGAGAAUACACCAGUUUCACAACCCAUCUCCACAGGAACGGGCAGCCAGGGCGGAAGGACACGUGCAGUGGGAAUUGUUGGCAUUGAAAGGAAGAUAGAAGAGAAGAGGAAAGAAACAGACAAAAACAUUUCUGAGGCCUUUGAGGAUCUUAGCAAGUUAAUGGUGAAGGCCAAAGAGAUGGUGGAGGUGUCCAGAUCUAUAGCUAACAAGAUUAAAGACAAGCAGGGGGACAUAACAGAGGAUGAGACCAUCAGGUUUAAGUCUUACCUUCUGAGCAUGGGUAUUGCUAACCCCGUUACCAGGGAAACACAUGGCUCAGGUACACAUUACCAUAUGCAGCUGGCUAAGCAACUGGGAGACAUGCUACAGGCUCCCCUAGAGGAGCGUGGAGGUAUGAUGGCUCUGACUGAGGUGUACUGUCUUGUCAACCGAGCUAGAGGGAUGGAGUUAUUAUCUCCAGAAGAUUUGGUAAACGCAUGCAAGAUGUUUGAGUCGCUGAAGCUCCCACUGAGGCUACGUGUGUUUGACAGCGGUGUGAUGGUGGUCCAGCUGCAGUCUCACAGCGAAGAGGAAAUGAUAGCCUCGGCACUGGACAAUGUGUCAGAGAAGGGUUCACUGACAGCAGAAGAGUUUGCAAAGCUUUUGGGACUCUCUGUUCUUCUGUCAAAAGAACGGUUGCUGCUGGCUGAGAAGAUGGGUCACUUGUGUAGAGAUGACUCCGUUGAGGGUUUAAGAUUUUAUCCAAAUCUGUUCUAACCUGUUGAGAUGCGUCAUUAACAAAAAGUUAAUGUCUCUGCUAAUAGACUGUUGCAUCAGAACAAUCUUUUCAUGUCUGUCCACUGGUUUACAGCAGCCAAAGUAUCUGCUGUAUUUUGUCUACAGUAUUACGCCUCACCCGUCAGGUUGUGAAGUUGAGACUACUCUUGUACUGAAUCUGGAGGAGAUAACUUUAACAGUCAUAUCAAAAGUGUCUAUCAAGUCUCGCCUCAUGUCCACUGUCCAAUCAGACCGUCUGUAAAUGUAAUGGCUUUUUCUAGCAAGACAAGACCACGAUACUGUAAAUAAACUACCUGAUCUGCUUUCA